AUUAUGCAUGUAGACGGUAUUUUAUAUGACUACGAAACAUGGCAAUUUCGCAUCGGCAAGUUAAAUCCUCUAACAGGGAGAUAGGUAAAAAUUGAUUCUUUCGAUUGUUGGUGUUGACUUUCAAAAAGAUGUGAUACCAAUCCAAAUUAUACGUUAGAAAUAUUAUCUAACGUGGAUUUCACUUCAUGACUAUAAAAGCUCUUUUUGAAACUUGACAAAGUCUUAUCUCCACUAGAACAAUUAGUGCCAUUUCACUGUGAGACCCCAAAUUCUUCAAUGUAAUACAAGAAAAUUCAAAGAGAAACGUUUCAACAAACUAUUGAUAAUCAGUUACGGCCUCACUUAAUUUUAUUUAUUUAUAGCAAUCUUCUCUCUCACUUUUCUUAAACCAUAAUCGGUUCCUUCUUCAAAUUUUCAUGACCACCAUAAUGUUGGGACCGUUUUUGCGUUUGCAUUUUCUCUCGCUACUCUUACUCUCUUCUGUCACCCCUUCAAGCUUCUUCACCAUCAAUAAUCUUGUUGGUGGUCUUGUUCCUUGUCUUCCCCACCAGAUUCAAGCCCUUACACAGUUUAAGAACGAGUUUGAUUUCCAUAGUUGCAAUCUAACAAACUACUUUAAUGGAGUCUGGUGCGAUAACACGACGGGUGAAAUCACGAAGCUACAAGUUCCAAGUGGUUGUCUUAGUGGAACUCUGAAGCCCAACAGUAGCCUCUUCAAGUUUCAUCAUCUUCGCUACCUUAAUCUCUCAUACAACAACUUCAUAUCCUCUUCACUCCCUUCCGAGUUUGGAAAGCUCCACAAAUUAGAGGUUUUAUCUCUUUCCUUUAAUGGUUUCCUCGGCCAAGUUCCUUCCUCAUUUAGUAACCUAAGCAUGCUUACCGUUUUAGACCUUUCCCAAAACGAUCUCAGUGGUAGUUUCCCACUUGUUCGGAAUCUAAGCAAGCUCAGUGUUUUAAAGCUUUCUCAUAAUCACUUCUUUGGAAAUCUGAAUCCCAACAGUAGCCUGUUUGAGUUGCACCACCUUGGUUACCUUGAUCUCAGUUACAAUAACUUCAGCUCCCUUCUCCCUUCUGAACUUGGCAAUCUCAAAAAGCUAGAGGUCUUGUGUCUUUCCAAUAAUGGUUUCUCCAGUCAAGUUCCUCCCACAUAUAGUAACCUAACCUUGUUAACCCAGUUGUACCUUGACACAAACGAACUCACUGGUAGUUUCCCACUUGUACAAAAUCUAACCAAGCUCCCGAUCCUUGUAGAACUUGCUAAUAAUCACUUCUCUGGAAUCAUUCCUCCUUCACUAUUUACUAUGCCUUCCUUAUCACAUCUUGAUUUGAGUGAAAACCAUUUCACUGGUCCUAUUGAAGUUCCAAACUCCUAUCUGCCAUAUAAGCUCGAGCAUCUACGCCUUGGCUAUAACCAUUUUGAAGGACAAAUCCUAGAGCCUAUCUCUAAGCUCAUCAACCUCAAAGAGCUAAGCCUUUCUUUCCUAAACACAAGUUACCCACUUGACUUAAGUCUCUUGUCCUCUCUCAAAUCUUUGUUAUACCUCGACCUUUCCGGUAACAAUAUCUCUCCGGCCAGUUUAAGUUCAGAUUCAUACAUUUCAUUGACCCUGGAAUUGUUGUACUUGAAUGAGUGUGGCAUCAAAGAGUUCCCAAACAUCUUAAAUACCCUUCAGAAUUUGGAUUCUUUAGAGAUGUCUGGCAAUCCAAUCAAUGGGAAAAUCCCUGAGUGGUUAUGGAGCCUUCCUUAUCUGAGCUCAGUGUUUACGACAGAAAAUUUGUUCAGUGGCUUCGAAGGUUCGGCAGAAGUUUUGGUAAAUUCAUCGGUGCGGAUGUUAGAUUUGGAGUCAAACAACUUAGAAGGAGCACUUCCUCAUCUGCCACUAUAUAUCCUCUCCUUCUCUGCGGGUAGGAAUAGAUUCAGAGGCGACAUACCUCUUUCAGUCUGCAACAUAACCUCGCUUGUUGUCCUGGAACUAAGCUACAACAACUUCGCUGGUCCAAUUCCUCCAUGUCUGAGUAACUUGAAGAUUUUGAAUCUCCGGGGAAACAACUUGGAAGGAAGUAUUCCUGACGUGUUUUAUGCCAAUGCACCUCUACAUACACUAGAUGUUGGCUUCAAUCUAAUAACUGGAACGCUUCCAAGGUCUCUUCUAAAUUGCUCUUCUCUGGAGUUACUUGUCGUUGACAAGAACAAAAUCAAAGAUACGUUUCCUUUCUGGCUCAAGGCUUUACCGAACUUGCAAGUCCUUACUCUACGCUCAAACGCUUUCUAUGGUCCUAUAUCUCCUCCUCAUCAAGGUCCUCUUGGAUUUCCCGAGCUGCGAAUAUUUGAGAUCAAGUUUACUGGAAGCUUGCCACCAAGUUACUUUGUCAAUUGGAAAGCAUCAUCCCUCACGAUGAAUGAAGAUGGGAGUUUGUAUAUGGAGUACGAUAGAAAUUCUUAUAGUACUGUUACCUACACCUAUUCGGAUUUACUAGAUUUGCAAUACAAAGGUCUAUCUAUGAAGCAAUCUAAGGUCCUCACUUCGUAUGCCACCAUUGAUUUUUCUGGGAAUAGACUUCAAGGACAGAUUCCCGAGUCCAUCGGUCUCUUGAAAGCACUUAUUGCACUCAACUUUUCGAAUAACGCCUUCACAGGUCAUAUUCCUCUGUCAUUUGCUAAUUUGACGGAGCUCGAGUCACUGGACCUAUCAAAAAACCAACUCUCUGGGACUAUUCCUAAUGGACUAAGGACCCUCUCGUUCUUGGCGUACAUAAACGUGUCUCAUAACCAACUCAAAGGCGAAAUACCACAAGGAACACAGAUUACUGGGCAAUCUAAAUCAUCUUUUGAAGGUAAUGCAGGGCUAUGUGGUCUCCCUUUGGAGGAAACUUGUUUUGGUACUAAUGUGCCACCAACACAACAGCAUAUGGAAGAAGACGAAGAAGAGGGACAAGUGUUGAACUGGAAAGGAGUAGCAAUAGGGUAUGGACCUGGAGUGUUGCUUGGAUUGGCAAUAGCACAAUUCAUUGCUUCAUAUAAACCAGAGUGGCUCGCCAAGAUAAUUGGUCCGAAUAAGCAUUGAGACCAUUAGAAACGUUUCGUUUUGGAGUUUGAUGCUUCAGUGUCUGUCACGUAGUUUUGGUCUUGUAUUGAAGCAUUUCCUUAUGCUCUUGUGGUGUCUUUAUUAUCUGAUGGUUUGUUCUGUUUAUUUUUCUAUCAAGUAAGAGUGGUGAAUUUUCUAUAGUCAUACUCCAUACGCAUCUCUGUUUUUUCAUAAUAUUUAACAUGUCAAAGAAGCAGUAAAAGACCAUAAAUAACCACAGAAAGGACAAUUAAAGCCUAAGCAGUUAAACUCAUCCUUAAAUCUAAGUUCUAGCCUACUUGAUGUUGUUUCAGUCAGUUUAAGGAGUGUGGCCUUGAGUUGGUACAACUGGGAAGUCAACAAGUUGCUAUUCGUGAACUGUAAUCAAUACAAGGACAGGUUGUUGCUAACGAUUUGGGAAGUUGAGGGUUAAAGGUCCAAG